UCUGUUUACAAAAGACGCCUGACAUACUUCAAUUACUAGAAAACCAAAAUAAACACUUCAUCGUAGGUUUUUCUCCCCGAGACAAAAUAAGAAAAUACAUAAAAUUAAUAAUUAAAAAUGGUAUUAACUUAUGGAUGAGAGUUUGAAUGAGCGAAUAAAUAGGUUACGAGAGAGAAGUCGAUUUUUCUUAGCACAGGUAGAGGCGAAUUCUAAAAAGGUUAAGGAACUUAGAGAACUAUAUUCACAAAGUUUGUCAUCAAGAGAAGGCUAUAAAACUUGUACAGAUGAACCUAGCUUACUCAAUAAAAGAAGUAUUAAAUCAUGGAAACUAAGAAAUGAUUCCAAAGGAGUUGGAGCUGCUUUAUGUUCAGAUUACUUCUGUAAUAGUCCAAGACAGCCAUCUGCAUCAAUGCCUAAUAUACCAACAACCAAAAGAUUGUUAACAUCCACAAAAAAACAUUCUGAAAAUCAAUGCUGCUUAGAGCACAUUAACAGAAAGCCAGUAAAAGAAUGUUACUGCAAUCCUAAUAACAGAAAAAUUCAGUUAAGAUCAGGGAGAACCCAACAUAAGCAACGUUCACCUUGCAAAUACCAUAAAAGUCACACAUAUACUAGUGCAGUGACUAUAGAAGAUAAUGAGAAACAACUCUUAACAUCACCAAUUAGUUGUGAAACUUUAAGAAGGUUACAGAAAAUAGACUAUGCACCCAGGUCUCAAUUCUUGCAAAAUGUCCAGAGCAAAGUUUCUCUCUUACAAUCAACAGCUGCUAAAGGAGAUUGCCCAGAAAUAUGCUCCAGAUCGCAAUACUAUCAUGAAUUUAUGUCUAAACAAGCCAAACCUCAGGAUGAAAAGUCAGAAAGAAAGAAUCACUUGACAAACUCUGAAUCAUUACCUAAAAUGUCCAUAACUUUGGAUCCUAGUAAAAGUAAAAGUUCUGAACUGGAGAAUGUAGAUAGGCUUAGCAAAGGAAUUCAAGUGUCUUUGAAGAAACAACCAAAACCAAAGGCUGUGGUCAAAAGAACACUCUCCUCUAAGAAAUCUGUACCUGAUUUAAAAAAGUCAAGUUCGAAAUUAUCGACUAAGAGUAAAAGGAUAUCUAUUAACAAGGACUGCCCGUGUUGCCAUAAUAAUAAGUCACACUAUUCUAAAACUACUCCUGAAAAUCACGUCGUUCCAGGAGAUUACCAACCUACGGUCUGCAUAAAUAAAGACCAAGAAGAAAUUGAUAAAGAAUAUCUUUCCGACCAAGAGAUCAGAGAAUUAAGAAAAUUUCGAGAACAGAAUUACUUCGAUACCCAUGGAUCGAAUCAUACUUUAGUCUCGUCUAAGUCCUCUGGUUCGCUAGAACAAUAUUUUCUAAACGACAGACUGUUUCCGGAAGCCGCGAAGAGGAUCCACAAGAAGGACUUGGUUGUAACAAUGCCAGCUUGUGCCACCGUGCAACGAAAACGAAUACACUAUUUUCCUCGCUACAUUGUUCGUCAAGAGAAAAACAAUUUCAAUAGCAAUUGCAAGAAGAAGCGCUACCAAUCGUGUCCUUUAACCGGUCAUGCUAUUGAUCUUGGGAUCACAAAAAUUAGGUCCCCUUUAAACAGCUUAGCUCUUAAGUACCAGAAACGACUGCCUUGAUUAAAUUUAUAGAAAAUACUUAGAUCGAUCGUGUUCGGUAGCACGUGAAUUUUGUAUAGAACUUUGAAUGUAAAUUGUAUUUAUAAAAUCAUGUAUGUACGUAGAAUCUUGUAGAAUCUACUGUUUUUCGUGGCCAUGAUGGAUUCGUGACCUGUAACGAGUUCAAGCUCGCGGAAUGUAAAUUUUUAUUGAAUAAAAGAUGCCCAAUGAA